UGAACAAGAAGUCACAAACAAAAUUAGUCAAGCUCGUACUUCGUUAAGUCAUUUGUAGAAAUGGCUGAUCUCUUGUCUGUUCCGUUUAAGAAAUCUUCUGAUGUAGAUAUAGUAAAACCGUUAAAAAACUUAAUCCAGUCUACAUAUAAUACUAGUGAAACUAAUGAAGACUAUAGUGACGCUAUCAAUGAACUUAGUCGACUUAGAUCAAACGCUAUAUGGAAAGUCUUCGAGAAAUCGUCAUUAGAAGUUAUUUACAGCUAUUAUGACCAACUCGUGUCUCUGGAAAGUAAGAUUCCGCCGCAGGAGGUGCAGAUUCCUUUUAAGUGGAAAGAUGCAUUUGAUAAAGGAUCUAUAUUUUUAUUUCGGAUGAGCCUUACUAUUAGUUCUUUAGCAUUUGAGAGGAUGUGUAUUCUAUUCAAUAUGGCUGCUAUGCAGAGUGCAAUUGCAGCCCAGCAACCACUCGACUCAGAAGAAUCACUUAAACUGGCAGCAAAGUUACUACAGCAAUCUGCCGGAAUAUUUGCAUAUCUGAAAGGCAACAUCAUGAUGGCAGUGCAUCAGGAUACCACCCCUGACCUCAACCCUGAGACUCUUAACGCACUCUCACAAUUGAUGCUCGCUCAGGCGCAAGAAGUUAUAGUUUACAAAUGCAUUAAAGAUGACAUGAAGGACAGCAUGGUGGCCAAGGUGUGCGCGCAGUGCGACGAUCUUUACUCGGACACGCUGCGCCUGCUGCAGAAGGACUCCUUGCGGUCGCUUUGGGACCGCGACUGGAUCCCCAACAUCCAAUUAAAGCAGGCGAACUUCCGCGGGCUGACUCAGUACUUCCAGGCGCAGGUGUGUCGCGCUAACAAAGCCUUCGGGGAGGAGAUCGCGCGCUUGACGCUGGCCGUGGAGCUGCUGCGUGGCGCGCGCGAGGGCAGCCCCGCCGCCGAGGCCGGCCUGCGCGCCGCGCGCCAGCUGGCGGCCGCUGUGCGCGACAACGACUUCAUCUACCACGAGCGCGUGCCCGACGCGCGCGCGCUCGAGCCCGUGCCGCGCGCGCGCGUGGCCGCCGCGCUGCCGCCGCAGCCGCGCUGGGCCGCCGGCCACCGCGACCUGUUCGAGAAGCUGGUGCCGAUGUCGGUGCACCAGGCGCUGCAGGCGAGUGCGGCGCGGCGCUCCGACCUCGUCGGCGCCGAGAUCAACAAGCUGCGCGAGGCCACGCAGCUGCUCAACAGCAUCCUGGCGUCGCUGAACCUGCCGGCAUGCAUCGAGGCGGCGGCCGGCGCGGGGCUGCCGGACUCCAUCCGCGAGAAGGCGGCCACCGUGCGCGCCGCCGGCGGGCCAGCCGCGCUGCGGCGCCUCAUGGCCGACCUGCCCGACCUGCUGCAGCGCAACCGCGAGAUCCUCACCGAGGCGGAGCGCAUGCUGCGCGAAGAGGCGGAGGCGGACGCAGCGUUGCGCGCGCAGUUUGGAGCACGUUGGACCCGCACCGAAUCGGAGAAGCUCACCGAGGCCUUCCGCGCGAAUGCCUCCAAGUACGCGCUGAUCAUCGACAACGCCGUGCGCGCCGACGCCAUCGUGCAGCAGAAGUUCCGCCAGCACGAGGAGAACAUCGAGCUGCUGAGCCGCAGCGACGGCGAGAUCGACGCCGGCGUGCCCGACGCGCCAGCCGCGCCCGACGCGCCCUCCGACGACGACGCGCUGCAGACGCUGCGCUCGCUCAUGCACACGGUGGAGGAGGUGAAAGCGGAGCGCGACGCGAUCGAGUCCGAGCUAAAAAGCGCAACGGUGGACCUCCGCGAGAAGUUCCUGGCGGCGCUGGCGGAGGACGGCGCUGUGGACGAGCCCGCGCUGUCGGCCGGCGCGCUGGGCGCUGCGCUGGCGCCGCUACAGCGCCGCGCGCAGGAGUCGCUGGCGCGCCAGGAGGCGCUGGCCGAAGCGCUGCAGCGCGCGCAUGCCGCGCUCAUGGCCACGCGUGGGGGCGCCAGCGGCCGCGACGAAGCGCUCGGCAAGCUGUGCGCCGCCUACGACGCCUAUCAGGACCUCACCGGCAACCUCAAGGAAGGCGUCAAGUUCUACAACGAUCUCACGCAGUUGCUACUAGCGUUCCAGAACAAGGUGUCCGACUUCUGCUUCGCACGCAAGACGGAGAAGGACGAGCUGCUGAAGGACCUGACGCAAGAGGCGUCCCGCGCGCCGCCUCGCGCAGCUCCAGCGCCGCCGCAGCACCACGCCGUGGACGAGCCCGCCGCGGUUGCGAAGAAAGACCCUCCCCCCCGGCCUCCCCCUCCAGCGGCUUCCGGCUCGCCCGCCGCUUCGGCCGCGCAGCCGGCCGUACUACCGUAUCCUUCACAGCCACAGGGUAUGCCGCUACCGUACGGCGCAGCCGCAGCUCCCUACCCGAUGUACGCGCCGAUGCCUGCGUUGUACAAUCCGUAUGCGACGCUGCCCUACCCCCAUCAUUCGCGCGCCCCCCCUGCCGCACCCUACCAGCCCUACCAGUACCCGCCACCGCCCGCCGGGUACCCACAGCCGCCGCCCGCCGGAUACAACCCUUACCAGCAGCAGUAGAAGCUCCUAUGAGGAUGUUUGCAUUUACAUCACUCUUAUUUACAAAAAUCGUCUAUGCUUAACUAAAGAAUAUUGCAUAUAUCUCAAGUGUUACGGAAAUUGGCAUUAUCUUACUUUUGACGUAAAUGUAGUAAUUAAUAUAAGCAAUGUAUGUGUGUACGCACACAAUUAUAAUAUUAUGUAGACUUUCGUUGCACUUGUAGUUGCCAAAAUUCUUAGCAUACUUAUUCUAUAAAGUAAGAGAAAAUAGACAAAGAGUGAGGAGUGAUAAACCUUAAAUGUAUAAAGAUCACAUGGGUAUAUAGGUUUGUAACUGAGGCAGGGUGCUUGUGUGCUACAGAUAAAUAUUGUUUUAUGUACAAGAUAAAAGUUUUUAUUAUUUUGUUAAUCGUAAGCUUUCGGUACUGGUAAUUUAUAAACAGAUAUUACUAACAACAUGCAAGACAAAUACAAUUUAAUUUAUUUUGUUGGUCAAGUUCCGUGGCUGCACGUGAUGAUAUUGAAGAUGUGUUGAUACUGUUGGAGUUUACUUAUUGUUAAAGCAUUCAACAAAAAGCUUCAAAAGUUAUCAUGAAAAUUUAAAAUUGUUAAGUUUAUACAAAUAACUAUUUGAUAAAUCAUAUAUUAUUCUAAAAUUGGACCCAAAAAAGUAUAUUUUGUUAACACUCGAACAAGAAGACUCGCUUUAUACAUCCAAUGGCAACAGAAGACUGAUGAAGAUUUGAUAUAACAAGUAAUGAAAUUAAUACAAAGCAUAUGGCGAUGAGUCACAAGUUUCCAGAGACUUUAUUAUGUUUGUAAUUGAGGUGCAUAAUCUUGUGACUGUUGUUUCCGUUGUAUUUUUAAUAUAAAAUAAAUUAAUAAUCUCCAAAGUAUGAAUUAGUAUGUUAAUUUUAAUAAUAAAAUAUUUAGAUAUAAAUAUAUUUAUUAAUU